AACCUAGCUGACGACGCAGUGCAGCUGGUGUCGUGACCCGAGGCAGCGAGCGGAGAGGAACUGCAAAGAACAUUCAGGGAACGUAAAAUAAUUAAACAAACGAUUUAACACAUCACGACUUAAAACUAUCAAGGGCAUUCUGCCACCGGGAAAGAAAUGUCUGCAAAACCAGGUCAAAUAUAUUUAGUGACUGGAGGUUGUGGUUUUCUUGGUCAGCACCUACUCCGAGUGCUUUUGGAAAAAGAAGAUAAUGUGAGGGAAAUUCGGCUUUUUGACAAAUACGCCAAUCGAAGCUUGCGAGAUUAUAGCACAGCACGGGUGAAGGUGGUGGUGACACAAGGGGACAUAACAGACUACUCCAGCGUGCUGGCGGCAGCCCAGGGUGUAGACCUGGUCAUCCACACUGCCAGUCUGGUAGAUGUGUGGCACAGGGUUCCUGAAAAGGCUAUCCACGCUGUCAAUGUACAAGGUACAAUAAAUGUGAUCAAUGCAUGUGUGGAGACUGGAAUUCAAUACCUGGUGUACACAAGCAGUAUGGAGGUUGUUGGACCCAAUGUCAAAGGAGACUCUUUUGUCAGAGGAAAUGAAGAAACCGUGUACAAUGUGUGCCAUGAGAUGCCCUACCCCAAGAGCAAGGCGGAGGCUGAGAAAUUGGUUCUAGAUGCCAAUGGAAAGAAGGUUAAUGGAGGGGCCAGCCUGUACACCUGUGCCUUGCGCCCCACGGGGAUCUAUGGAGAGCAGCACCAGUUGAUGAGGGACUUCUACCAGAUGGGGGUGCGCACAGGGGGAUGGGUGAUCCGAGGGGUCCCAAGUAAUACAGAACAUGGCCGCGUUUAUGCAGGCAAUGUGGCCUGGAUGCAUUUGCUGGCGGCGAGGUCCUUGCAAGAUCGUCCCCACGUAAUGGGAGGAGAAGUAUACUUUUGCUAUGACGACUCGCCUUACAAGAGCUACGAGGACUUCAACAUGCAGUUCCUGUCGCGCUUUAACUUCCGGGAGGUGAAAUUGCCACUGUGGCUGCUUUGGGUUGUGGCAUGGCUGAAUGACCUGCUGCACUGCCUUCUGAAACCAGUGUGCAGUUACACACCGUUGCUCAAUCGCUACACACUGGCUGUGGCCUGCACCUCCUUUACCAUUAGCUCUGACAAGGCCUGGCGGCAUUUCCAGUAUCGCCCACUCUAUGACUGGGACCAGGCCCGGGCUCGCACCCAGAGCUGGGUCAACACCUUUCCAGAUUCUAGUGCUAAGGAUUCUUGACAUAGUGGGACAUGGCCUCAUACAUGCGUUUGCAUGAUUAAGUUCUCUGUAGGGACACUUUCCCACCAAUAGCUUGGAGGAAGGCUAUGAACUGAGAUUUGUUUCUUUUAUUGAAAAUUUUUUCCCUUUUUGUUGUAAUAGAGAAAGCAGAUCUGUGGAAUUUUUGUGGAAGAGUUCAAUUUAUUCCGCCGUACUUUUGUAAGUAGAAAAAUAAAUGCAGGCACGUCUUCGUUUCAAAAUAGGUAGUUUAAUGUAGCAAAGGAACUAGUGGGUCUGUUACCCAAGUACAGAUAAACAAAGAACCAACAAAUGACGGAGACAGUGAAUACUUACACCCUGUUCCUUCAAGGAAACAAAAGGGCCAAACGGUUAUCGUUAAACACAUCACGGGGAAGGGGGGGGGGAGGUAAUCAGACAUUGGGGGGGAAGAAACAAGGUGUGGGGGAGUUGGACUGAAGUAGGGGGUAGAGGAUAUCACACAAUGGUACUGCAUAUCAAAGUGAGACAAUUUGACUGGGCAAGGGGGUAGAGGAUGUAGCACAAAGGGUGUGAUUAAAAGGUUAAUUUAACUGAGUGUGGUGGUAAACAAUCAAUGUUAUCUGUAACUGGCCCACUACAAUGUGAGACACCUCAGAAGGGUAAACUGUGGCUCCCAUGUUUUCCAACAAGAUCCUUCUCCAGUUUUUCUGCUGUUUUCAUUUCAUAAUUUUCUUCAUCCUUUGUGUUCCUACUUUUCUCCCUUUGUUUGUUUGUAUUACCGUGGUUGAAUUAAAAGUUUUGAAGAAUUCAAAGAUAAAUCUCUGUCUCUGUCUUCCAAUCAAUGAGAUGAGAUUCAAAAUCGUGUCAAGACAUUUUACAGGAUAAUGUCAGGGUAGCAGUGCAUCACCAGAAGUUUAAUGGAAGUUGGGUGAUGCCACAAGCCAGUGACCCAAAAUACAUGAGCAAAUACUUUAAACAGAAGAAAAUUCAUGUUUUGGCAUCACUAAGUCAGAGUCCAGACCUUAACUCAAUUGAGAUGUGGCAUGACCUGAAGAGGGCUGUUCAUGCAAGAAUUCUGAGAAAUAUCAAUGAAUUGAAGGAGUUUUGUAAGGAGGAAUGGUCUAAAAUUCCUUCUAACCAUUGUACAAGUCUGAUCAACAGCUAUAGGAAACAUUUGGUGGAGAUUAUUGCUGCUAAAGAGGUCCUACCAGUUAUUAGAUACGAGGGUUCACAUAGUAUUUCCAGCCUGAACUGUGAAUGUUUAGACGAUGUGUUCAAUAAAGGUAUGAAAAGUACAA